AUGGGUGGCUCAUACAUUAUAGCAAUAGACUUCGGUACUGCAUACAGUGGAUAUGCUUACACUGUAACAUCCAAAGAUACACUGGUUGAUCCCAUUGUGCGGCAGUGGGGAAAAGAGAUUGGAACUGAGACUCCAAAGACUCCAACCUGCAUUCUGUUCAAUGAAGACGAGGAAUUUCUGAGGUUUGGUUAUGAAUCCAAAAAAGUAUAUCUUAACAUGCUGGCAGAAGAAGCAAAGACACACUUUUUCUUUGAAAACUUCAAGAUGGUGCUCUAUAACACCGAACUGAACAGAGAUGUAAUGAUUAAAGCUGCAAAUGGGAAGUCAAUGAAUGCCUUGAAGGUGUUCACGGAAGCUCUGAGGUUCCUGAAGGAAGAUGCACUGAAAACCAUCAAUGCUAAAACAGAAAAGGAGUUCAUAGCCUCUGACUUCAUCUGGGUGCUGACUGUACCUGCCAUCUGGGAUCCUUCAGCAAAGCAAUUCAUGAGAGAAGCUGCAGCUCAGGCAGGAAUUGUCACAGAAGGAACUAAUCACAACCUGAUCAUCGCUCUGGAACCAGAGGCAGCUGCAGUCUGGUGUAAGAAGCUGCCAGCUAAAGGCUUCAUCACAGAGAACCAUGGCAGAGGGGCCCUGGAUCAAUCUCCAGGAACCCAGUACAUGGUGGUGGACUGUGGAGGUGGAACCAUUGACAUCACUGUUCAUGAAGUCCUGGAUGGAGGAGCCCUAAAGGAGCUCCACAAGGCCUCAGGAAAUGAUUUGGGUGGACAAAGUGUGGACAGAAAAUUCAAAGAGUUCCUCAGAGAAAUCUUCUGUGAUGGUGUCUGGGAUGAAUAUGAAAGAAAUUAUCCCAGUGAGGUUCAGAGAAUUAUGAAUGAUUUUAUGUAUUUCAAACAGGUAGAUGAUGACAUUCAGAUCAGCUGCCCCUUUAAUCUCGGAGAUUUGGCUCAGAAAAGGCAGAAAAUAGAAAAGUUCUUUGAAUCAGUGCAAGGAGCUUCUUGGAAUGAGGGAUGGAUCAAAAUCUCCAAAGAGAAACUGAGGUCUUUCUUUGAUGAGAGUCUGGAGGGCAUCACUGACAGUCUCAGUGAAAUCUUAAGAAGAGAUCUAAGCAUUCAGUACAUCCUGUUAGUGGGGGGCUAUGCUGAAAGCCUGAUUCUACGCAAUCAUGUUAUUGAUCAGUUUGGGGAUUGGUGUAAAGUUGUGUGUCCAUUUAGGCCACAGGAAGCAAUUGUGAAUGGAGCUGUUCAGUUUGGACGAAAUCCAGGGUUGGUGGCAUCUCGAAAAAGUGCUUUUACUUAUGGACUUGGUGUGGCUAAUAGGUUUGAUGUGUCUAAGCAUAGAACAGACAAGAAAUUUGUGAAUGCAGAUGGUGUAUGGUGUAAUGAUAUUUUCAUGAAGUUGGUGGAGGAAGGUGAAGAUGUGGGAUGGAAUGAAACUAGAAAACAUGUCCUUUUUCCAAUAAAAAGUGACCAGACGGCAAUGAACCUGAGAUUUUACUGCACAGAAAGAAAAAAUCUCAUGUAUGUAGAUGAAUGGGGAGUAGAGAAAGUUGGAUCUUUUCUUGUUGACAUGCAUGACACUACAGGGGGAAUGAACCGUAAAGUUAAUCUGGAGAUCAGGUUUGGCUCCACAGAAAUAACUGCCACAGGCUUUGACUUACUUUCAAAGGCAAAAGGAUCAGUUAAGAUUGAUUUCAUGACAAACCCUGAGAAUUUUUGA